AUGAAGCUAAAUCCUCUUGUUCCUUUUUAUUUAUUUCAUUUGCCUCAAAAAGAACAAUCAUUUGAAAAAAUGUUAGAUUUUCUUGAAGGUUGUUUUUUAUUUAUUUUUAAAUUUUGUUUAUUUUUAGGCAUUACAUUUGAGCCAGAACAGAAUGAAAUCUUGGAUAAUGCUCAAAAUGUCGGUUUUGACGUUCCUCAGCUUUGCACAGAACUUUUUCAACGAUUUAAACAAAAAUAUAAAUUAGACGUCUACAAAGAUGGCGAACAAAGAAAUUUAGUCAGAAAUGCAAAUGAGAUGUUACGAGCUUGGAAAUGGUUGACAUUUUGUGGUACUGAAACCAUUUGGGAUGCUAUUAUUGAGGCAAAUUAUUUACUACGCAAAUUUUUUUUGUACAACAGAAUGGAUGAAGCUAUGGAACUAAUAAGAAUGGUCCCGGAAAAUUUAAGUGAUGAUGCCAUUGAUUGUUUCCAAAAAAAAUUCCAAGACAUGGAAAUACCUGUUCGCCUUCUUGAUGCUAAAUAUGAAUUUGAAUGUUAUCAAUUUUAUUUUGAAGCAAUUAAUAGAUAUGAUGAAUGGCAAAAACAGAUGGAAGGAGAUCAGGCACCAGAAAUUCCUCAAAAACUAAGUGAUGAACGUUGGGCACGAUUGGACAUUCGUCGGAGAACAGAAUAUGAAUUGAGUGUUAGACGAGCACAUGAUUGUUUGCAGAAAUAUUAUCGCCUUGUUGAACUCUAUAAAAAGAGGGUAGUGGAAAUGUUGGAGCAUAUUUUAAAAGCGCCCAAUGGUUGGCUUGUUGCAUCACCAUUAGAAAAUAAUGAUGAUACUGAUCCAGAGGUGAAUUAG